AUGGCUCGUCCCCUGUGGUGGGCUGCAGCAUUUGUGCAAAGACACAGGACAGGCCUCUUGGUAGGUUCCUGCGCAGGCCUGUUUGGGGUGCAGAUCUCGUACCACCUCUUCCCAGACCCCGUGGUCCAGUGGCUGUACCAGUACUGGCCUCAGGGCCAGCCAGCCCCGCUCUCUCCAAAUCUGCAACACCUCUUCCAAGAGGUGCUACAGGACAUAGGCGUCCCCUCAGGCCAUCGCUAUAAGCCCUUCACCGCCUUCACCUUCCAGCCUGUGGUUGCAGGCUUCCCAAAACUCCCUGCUGGGGCUGUGGUGGGCAUCCCUGCCAGCUUCCUGGGGGGCCCAGUGACCAACACUGACCAUACUGUGGUCGUACACGGGCAAAGAGUAAACUGGCAGACCCCAGCAGGUGCCAGGCUGAGAGAUUCCCUGACCCUGUCACAUGACGCCCAGAAGUUCGCCUUGGCCAGGGAGGUGGUGUACCUGGAAAGCAGUGCAGCUGCCCUGCAGGCUCUGCUGGCCCCAGCUUGCCUGGCAGGGACCUGGGCACUGGGCGUGGGUGCCAAGUAUGCCCUGGGGCUCUAUGGAGGCCCCAUGAAUUUACGGGCUGCUUUCAACUUGGUGGCAGCAGUGGUAGGCUUUGUGGCCUAUGCUUUCUUCACAGACUCUCUCACUCAUUCCCUGGAAGCUUGGCAGGACCGCCGCACAGCCUCCCUCUCUGCAGCCUAUGCCCAGGGUGGAGUGCAGUUCUAUGAGAAGAUUCUGUCAGGCAACCUGGCCCUGCGCAGUCUUUUGGGCAGGGAAGGGGAGAAGCUAUAUACGCCCAGCGGUAACGUCGUCCCCAGACAUUGGUUCCGCAUCAAACAUUUACCCUACACCACCCGCCGGGACUCUGUGCUGCAGAUGUGGAGGGUGACACUGAACCCAGGCCGCUCCUGAUGGGCUCAUCACAAGGACAGUUCCAGCUUGUGCAGGCACCACACUGCUAUUGACUCUCGGGGGCUCUUAGUGCCUGUACACCCACAGCUCACGGUCAGAAAAAUCACA